CCGGCCCCGCUGCCCCGGCCUCCGCCCCGAUCCCGCCCCGCUCGGCGCUAUAAGAGCGCGGUGCGCCCCGCACAGCAGGUACCGGCGGGGCCGCUCCGCUCCUGCAGCCUCGCGGCUCCGGGAGGAGGAGGAGGAGGGAGGAAGGAAGGGGGGGGCCGGGUCCUGCUGUCUCCCCCCCGCGCCUCCCCCGAACCCCGAUGCCGCCGGCCUGAGCCCGCCGGGACGAUGCUGCCGCUGCUGCCGCUGCUGCUGCUGGGCGCCCCGGGGCUGAGCCUGCCCUCGGGGGGACCCCCGGACCCCGACUCGGCGCUGGUCACCCCGCUGCGCCUGGACCCCGACAUCAACGGGCCCGCUUAUUUCAGGGGGGGCCCGGCCGAGCCGCCGCGGGGCGGGCAGGCGGUGGUGAUCCAGCUCUCGGCUUUCGGGGAGGAUUUCUACCUGCACCUCUCCCCCGACGCCCGCUUCAUCGCGCCCGCCUUCGCCGCCCACUACCUGGGGGCGGCCGCCCGCCCGCUGCCCGCUCUCCGCCACUGCUUCUAUUCGGGGGAUGUCAACGCCGACCGCGAGUCCUUCGCCGCGCUCAGCCUUUGCGGGGGGCUCCGGGGGGCUUUCGGCUACCGCGGCGCCGAGUACCUGAUCAGCCCGCUGGCGGGGGGCUCCGGGGGGCUGCACCGCCUGCAGCGCCGCCGCCCCGUCGGGGCCGCAGCAUCGCGCUGCGCCGUGGGCUCCGCGCUCACCCCCGGCGUGCUGCAGGCGCUCGACAAGUACCGGGGCCGUGCGGGGGGAAAGGGCGCCCGGGCCAAGCGCUUCGCCUCGGUCCCGCGCUUCGUGGAGACCCUGGUGGUGGCCGACGAGUCGAUGGUGAAGUUCCACGGGGAUGACCUGCAGCACUACCUGCUGACCCUGAUGGCCACGGCCGCCCGCCUCUACAAGCACCCCAGCAUCCGGAACCCCAUCCAGAUCUCCGUGGUCAAGUUCCUCCUCAUCGGGCAGGAUGACAAGGGGCCCAAGGUCACCAGCAACGCCGCCCUCACCCUGCGCAACUUCUGCGCCUGGCAGAAGAAGUGGAACAAGGUCAGCGACAAGCACCCCGAGUACUGGGACACCGCCAUCCUCUUCACCAAGCAGGACCUGUGUGGUGCCACCACCUGUGACACGCUGGGCAUGGCAGACGUGGGCACCAUGUGCGACCCCAAGCGCAGCUGCUCCGUCAUCGAGGACGACGGGCUGCCCUCGGCUUUCACCACGGCCCACGAGCUGGGCCACGUGUUCAACAUGCCCCACGACAAUGUCAAGGCCUGUGAGGAGGUCUUUGGCCGCCUGAAGACCAACCACAUGAUGUCCCCCACCCUCAUCCAGAUCGACCGUGCCAACCCCUGGUCAGCCUGCAGUGCUGCCAUCAUCACUGACUUCCUGGACAGUGGCCAUGGGGACUGCUUGCUGGACCAGCCCGCCAAGCCCAUCCCUCUGCCCGAGGAGCUGCCGGGGACGAGCUACAGCCUGAGCCAGCAGUGCGAGCUGGCCUUCGGGCUGGGCUCCAAGCCCUGCCCCUACAUGCAGCUCUGUGCCAAGCUGUGGUGCACGGGCAAGGCGCGGGGACAGGUCGUGUGCCAGACCCGCCACUUCCCCUGGGCCGACGGCACCGCCUGCGGCGACGGGCGCUUCUGCCUGAAGGGCGCCUGCGUGGAGAGGCACAACGUCAGCAAGUACAGGGUGGACGGCGGCUGGGCCAGGUGGGCUCCGUACGGGCCGUGCUCGCGGAGCUGCGGCGGCGGGGUGCAGCUGGCCCGGAGGGACUGCACCGCCCCCGCGCCCGCCAACGGGGGCUCCUACUGCCAGGGCAUCCGCGUCAAGUACCGCUCCUGCAGCCUGGAGCCCUGCGCUGCCGCAGUGCCAGGGAAGAGUUUCCGUGAGGAGCAGUGUGAGGCUUUCAAUGGCUACAGCCACAGCACGAACCGCCUCACCGCCUCCAUCUCCUGGGUUCCCAAAUACUCCGGCGUCUCGCCCCGGGACAAGUGCAAGCUCAUCUGCCGCGCCAACGGCACCGGCUACUUCUAUGUGCUGGCACCCAAGGUUGUGGAUGGCACCCCUUGCUCCCCGGACUCCACCUCGAUCUGUGUCCAGGGCAAAUGCAUCAAGGCAGGCUGUGAUGGGAAGCUGGGCUCCAAGAAGAAGUUUGACAAAUGCAGUGUCUGCGGAGGAGACAACAAGAGCUGCAAGAAGGUCUCAGGCUUGUUCACCAAACCCAUGCACGGCUACAACUUCGUGGUGGUGAUCCCCGCGGGCGCCUCCAACAUCGACAUCCGCCAGCGGGGCUACAAAGGGCUCAUCAGCGACGACAACUACCUGGCGCUGAAGAACGCGCAGGGCAAGUACCUGCUGAACGGCCACUUCAUCGUCUCGGCCGUCGAGAGGGACCUGAUGGUCAAGGGCAGCGUGCUGCGCUACAGCGGCACCGGCACGGCCGUCGAGAGCCUGCAGGCCUCCAAGCCCAUCCAGGAGCCCCUGACGCUGGAGGUGCUCUCCGUGGGGAAGAUGACCCCUCCUCGCGUCCGCUACUCCUUCUACCUGCCCAAGGAGGGCAAGGAGGACAAAUCCUCCUACAAGAAGGAGGGCGAGGACAUCAACAACAGCGUCCUCAGCCUGUCCAACCGGCUGGACGGCGGGAGGCCGAGCUACAAGCGGCCGUCCUACCGGUGGGCGGUGGGCGGCUGGGAGGCGUGCUCGGCCAGCUGCGGCGACGGGCUGCAGAAGAGGUCGGUGGCGUGCCGCGACUCCUACGGGCAGCCGGCCGCCGGGUGCGACGCGGCGCAGCGCCCGGCCGACGUGCGGCUGUGCGGGGAGCCCUGCCCGGCCUGGCAGCCCGGGCCCUGGGCCCCCUGCUCCAAGAGCUGCGGCCGCGGCUUCAAGAGGCGGGCGCUCAAGUGCCUGGGCCCCGGCGGGCGCCUGCUGCCGCGGGACGGCUGCAGUUUCAGGAGGAAGCCGCAGGAGCUGGAUUUCUGCACCUUGAGGCCGUGCUGAGCGGGGCGAGGGCUGCCUGCGAGGAAGCUGUGGUGGUGGUAUGGCUGGGUGCGGCCAAGCAGCAGCCAGAGGGUGGGAGAGGGGGAGACGUCCAUAGCACAUAGCAAAAGGGGGAAAAAAUAAGGAAAAAAUGGGAAAAAAAAGGGGAUUUGGGUAUGGGGACAACCCCACGCACCUGGGAGAGAGGGAUUUUACCAGCCAGGUCGCUUGGAGACAGAGAAGGAAUGAACAUCUACCUCGAAGCCACUGAAGGGCACGGAAACCAGGCUGGGAGCUGGGGGACAGAUGGAAACGAGGAGCAUCGCCCCUGCCUGUGAGGGAUCCGUGCUACAGGCAGGGGGACGCCCCUGAAUUGCACAGGUGGAGCCUCCCCCCACCUUCCCAGGACCAACCCUACCUCCCUUCUCCCUGGACUCCCCCAACACUCGUGCUAGGCAGGACCAAAAGGAUUUACCAAUGCAACGACCACCGGUGCGACGAGGCGCUGGGACUGACGCCUCCAGGGCUCGCUGGGGGCACUUUGUUGUCCCCUGGGCCAGGCUGGAAGGUGGUGGCUUUAUUUUCAUUCUCUCCUCAUGUUUAUGACCUGACCAGUGUAAAUUUUAUGGUGCUUAACUCUGUAUUUUUUUAACCUCCUUCCUCCCCUCCUGAUGGAUGUAAACUUGCAUUCCCAGGGGAUCUCACCAGCCUGAGGUUUCCUAUGGUGCUUUGGGAUGGGGCUGUGUGAACAUCUGGAUGCUCCCUUACACCCUGCUCCACCUGAAACUUUUCGGGGCUAAAACCUGAGGUUUGAGCUGGCAUUCCAAAAAAACAACAAACAGCUGUGCUGUAAUUCCACAGGGUCAGACACAGCCCCCCCAGUCACUGAGACUUUGCUUUGCUCUGGAAAUGGUGCUCAAUGCUCAAUGGGACCAGUGUGUCAUGCCCAGACAUCCAUCCCAUUGCCUCUAGCCUUUAACCAGGUUGGGGUAUUUUUUCCUCUUUAACCAGGUUGGGGUAUUUUUUUCCUCUUUAACCAGGUUGGAAUAUUUUCCUGUAAAGCCUCCCUGAGACAUCCUGAGCUCUAUCAGAGCUGGGGUGACUUCCCUGGCAUCCCUUUUGAGCUGAGGGAGAGGGAGAUUCAUUUGGGCCUUUGGCUUUCCUGAGGAAAAAGGGGCUCAGCAGGGUUCAGGCAUGCAGGGAAAGAGGGACUGUCAGACCUCUUGCUGCUGCAAAGCAUUUGCAACCAGCUUCCCCCUCCAGUUAUUCUGGGGGUGUUCUGUACCUCUCAUGGUUUUGUAGCAUUGUGCCUGUUGUGGUCAGAGGUUGUUUUACCUCUCCCAACCCCCAUUUAUCAUUUAGGUCUCUUGCUCAGAUCAAGUCAUCAGGCACCAUUGAAUUUUUUUGCUUUGUCACUGAUGAAGGUGCCUCUUAAUCAAUGAGCUGUGACUGUGAGCAGGCCAAAGCCUCUGGGUCAAGCUGUGCAGUUCCUGGGGACCAGCAGAAAGGUGUUUUAGGGAUGAGAGACAGAUUUUGGACAGGAAGAAGGUGCCGUCUCAGCAAGUGGAGGCUUGGAGCCCUCUGCGCUUGUUCAGUCCCUUGGAGGUACAACAUGGAAACUGCUGCCCCUUGGGUGGCUCCAGAAGGUCUCUGUGGGCAAGGUGAGAAUGACAAGAAAUGGCACAGGUGCCAUCAGAGUUCCCUCCUUAGGGCUUUCCAGCAGCUCACAGACUCCUUGUGACAGUGUUUGUGGGCUCACUCUCCCCAGGGAUCCUCCCAGAGGAUCGAUCUGAUGCCUCUUUCAACACCCCCACAUCCUCAGAGCCAGGAGCAGAUGUUGUGGUUGCUCUGCCCAGCAGGGAACAGGAGUUAAUGUUCUUAGGAAAUCCCUUCCAGGUCUCCAUUCCCAUGAACACAGCUCCAUUUCCCGAGGGUUUUCCUGCAAACCUGAGCCUGUGGGGCAGAGCCCUGGGGCUGCCCUCUGUGUGCUGCCAUCCCACAGCCGGGUUCCCAGCCCCCGACAGACUGCAGCCCCUUGCUGGGCUCCUGGUGCGUGGUUCUUCUGCUGAGGCUGCAGCAGAAGGACGGAGAUGCCGAAGGUACAGGCUGCUUUGUGUAUACCAUGUAUACUGAACAUCGAUCUCUGCUGUUUGUGCGUCAAUAGCAAACCCGAAUAAAUCUGUAUUUAAAGUUA